AUGCGUGAAUUUAAAGUAGUUGUACUUGGCAGUGGUGGUGUUGGAAAAAGUGCUCUGACUGUUCAAUUUGUAUCUAAUACGUUUAUUGAAAAGUAUGAUCCAACAAUAGAAGAUUUUUAUAGAAAAGAAAUUGAAGUCGAUGGUCAACCAUGUGUUUUGGAAAUUUUAGACACAGCAGGUACAGAACAAUUUGCCUCAAUGAGGGACUUGUAUAUAAAGAAUGGUCAAGGAUUUAUAAUAGUUUAUUCGAUUACUAAUCAGCAAACUUUUCAUGACAUUAAAAGUAUGCGUGAUCAGAUUAUUCGUGUUAAGGCGAACGAGAAUGUGCCUUUAAUGUUAAUUGGAAAUAAAAUAGACAUGAAUAGUCAACGUCAAGUUCGUGUUGAGGAAGGAAUAACUUUGGCAGAGUAUUGGUCUUGUCCUUUUGCUGAAUGUUCUGCUAAAACUGGCCAUAAUGUUAAUUUAGUGUUUGCUGAAAUUGUACGGGAAAUGAAUUAUAUUCAAACGAAUAAAUCAAAUAAAAAGAAAAAUUGUUGUUCCAUAAGUUAA